GCGCAGCCAGGGCGCCCCUGCUGAUUUUGAGGGUGUGUUUGAAAUCCCCACUUUGCACUACAGCGCUGAUGCCGAGAAAAUGCCUACUAUCCAGGCUCAGUUUGAAGUGACUGAAUCGGAAGAAGACACUCUUGGUCCGGAGGAGGAAGAGGAAGUGGAGGAGGAUGAGGAGGGUGAGGAGGAUGAGGAGGGUGACGAAGGUGACUUUGGUAGCGAGCGCGAGGAAGCAGUAGACGAGGGUGAACAGGGUGACGAGGAUGAGGAAGAAGGAGACGAGGAAGAAGACGACGCUGUCUUUGAGAGGACUGCUGAACAAGAGAGGGCGAACCAAAAUGCAUACAUUGAGAAGUUUUUUAGGAGGGCAAAGCAGUCCGAGGAAUUAAUCUCUUGCCUGUGGAGCAUUGUGCUGUUCCAAUCGGCUGUGGAACUAUGGACCAAACAUGCAGACCAGGAGAGAUACAAAUGCUGUGGGGAACUAAUAUACUUCGCCUCUGCACGAGAGAGCCACGAGGAUCUGGCACUUGCUUGGGUGAAUGUGGGGACGAUUUUGACCAAGUUCGUUUUGCGUCGUGCAAGCAUGGUUGUUUGGGAGCAGAAGCUAGAUUCCCAUCUCAAAAAGGCAAAUCAGAAGGGCUUCAAGGUACUUCGUGAGGAGGUCCGUGUUUCGAGGAGAGCAGAGUCACUCACCGCAGGGCCGUCUGCGUCCCAACCUGCGAAAGGUCCAGUGAGGGUCUCCAAAGGGACUUCUCCCUCAGGGUCAAGGCAGCGGGAAGGGUCACCUUUUCAUUUGCCCCAAGCGUGUGUUGGAUCCACUGCCGCAGCAGAUGCGGGCUCGGGUGUGAAAACGAAGAAGAAAAUGCUCGCGCGGAAAACGGUUGCCAAAGAUAAGAAGAAAGCGGAGGAGCCAAAGUCUGGAAAGAGGAAAACGGCGGAGAAGAAGUCCACGAAAGGGAAGGAUCAAACAGAAGAAAAGUUGCCAGUGGCGAAGGAGCUUACUCCUAACGACGAGGCUGAGAAGCUCUCUCGAAUGUGGGAGGAGUUAAAAGAGCUUAAUAACAAGAAGCUUGACGCCAACUCGUUCACCCUUCUAGCGUCCUGCCUACUUCGACCUCCUGCUGAUGACAGUGGCAAGAGACCACUGGAGGUUCGCGAGCCCGAGGAGAGGCAGGUCCGACGGAUCAUGGACUCCAUAAAGAGGAACCCUUUUGCAGACACUCUGGCUCACGUCGGCUUGAUUGAUCCUUCGCAGGCUCGUACGAAGGAAAAUGUGGAUCUCGGCAAGCUGCUCUCUGGAGGCUACAAAGUUUUCGAAGCUCGUAAGAUCGCGCACGAGCACAAGCACAUUGCAGGCUUCCACCAGGAUUUCAGUUUCAUCCAGAAACUGAAAUGCAGGCGAGCGGUGCUCGAAUCGAUGGGCUGCCAAAAGAAUGUCGCUACGAAGACUGCAUGCUUGCAGGAAAUUGGAUUUUCAAACCCAGACAAAGAUCUUCUGCAGAGGUCGGAUCCACAUUUCCAGGUCUGCAUGCGGUCCAAGGAAGUGUGGACCCUUCAGCUGAAGAUAUUCGAUAUGUGGUUGAAAGGGGAUUGUCUGGACCAGAAAAUGAAGGUCCCUACAAGGAAAAAGGCGAAAAUUUCUAGUGAUGAUAGCGAGGCGGGUGGCCCAGAAGGAACUCGGCCGGCAGCGAAGAAAAGAUUGAAGAAAUUCAAUUCUGUUGAAGUCCAACGUCAGGUACUGCGUUUCUUCAAUCCUAGAGCGCAGGUGGAGCAUGGGAAAAUUGUAGCUGAGCCAACUGACAUGCCACAUGCGCAUUGGGUGAAGAUGAGUUCUCUCGAUGACGAGUCUGUUAUUCCCAUCCUCGAACAGGUGGCCGCAAAGCAACUCUCGAUUGAUGGUAUGAGGAAGAAGUUUGAGGUGGCGAAGAGGUUUGGUCGAGUGGUUAGGUAUUUCUUAACAGAAACAAAGUCAGCAGAUUGGGCUAGCUGCAAAGAACUUUACCCACUCCACACAACCAAGGAUGUUUUGGGGCCCUUCGCCAGUAACUGGAAGCAGAAGGCGGAUGUACCUCGAGCUUUGCAACAACUUGUUGCUCGAGCGAAGGCGUGGAAGGAGCUGAAUGACAAAAGGGAGGCCGAAAGUCGAAGAACAAGGUCUAAACUCGUCGUCUCAGAAAAAGCUGGUACUCACUUCUUGGAUUGGACGGAGGUGAAAUAUAAAGAACACUGCGGCAACGUGAAAGUCUUGGAAGGCGAUAUGAUAGAUUUGAAAAACUUGACAGAGAAGUUGCUUUUCUCUCUGAUUAUCUGCGACUUCCCGUACGGGUUUAAUCUGCCAAUGUCCUCUGGCGAUUUUGUUCCUUUUCCUGAGGAGUACAUUGUUCAGGUCCUUGAGAACAUCAAGGAGGUAUGCAGUGGACCGUUGUGGACAAUUGUCAGAUUCUGCUCUCUGGACAUGCUGCCCUCGGUUCGGCAAGCGUUCAAGAUGGUUUGCAAUGCAGGAGAGGAGGUGGUCACGUGGUGCAAGCUGAAUGUCAUGAACACAGGAGGGCCUCGUCUUGUGAGCGCGACAGAAUUUUGUGUCAUCGGCUACUACAGCCAAAGUGGUUCUCGAGAGGCAGCUCAUUACAAUUUUGCCAGCACGGACCCCAGGCACAACUACAGGCUGUUCGAUGUUGUCAUGAAGAAGUAUAUUCAUCCGACCGACCUCAGAUGUGCAAUCGCCAGCGUUUUCUGCAACAGGAAUUGCCUGGUGGUUGACAAGUGCCCGCGCUGCAUCAAGGGAAUCCGCGCUCGCAUUCUGAACGAUAUUGGUCCUACGAUUAAAAGAGAAAGCAGGCGCGAGGCAGCAACAACGCUGACCACUGCUGCAGCAGUAGCAACAGCAGCCGAACCAGCAGCAGCAGGACCACCCGCAGCAGAAGCACCACCAGCAGGAGCACCAGCACCAGCACCACCAGCAGCAGCACCAGCACCAGCAGCAGCAGCAGCAGCAACAGCACCAGCAGCAGCACCAGCAGCAGCAGCAGCACCAGCACCAGCACCAGCAGCACCAGCAGCAGCAGCAACAACAAAACCACCCGCAGCAGCAGCAGCAACAGAACCACCCGCAGCGGCAACAGCAAUACCACCAGCAGUCGUAGCAGCAGCAGUAGCAGCAGCAGCAGCAGCAGCAGCGAGCGCACAAAAAAUUGCGGACGUGGGGGGAGACGAAGACGAGGAGAAGGAAGAAGAAGAAGAAGAAGAUGAGGAAGAGGAAGAAGAGGAAGAAGAGGAAGAAGAGGAAGAAGAGGAAGAUGAGGAUGAAGAGGAAGACGAGGAUGUUCAGGACGCAGGCAGGGCACGGAAGAGGAGGAAAAAGGAUAGUUGGGUGGAGAACAUUCCCAUCUUCCUUCUUGCCUCGACGAAAAUGGUGCCCAACAAAUUCCAGAUUGAGAACAAGAGGCUGGCAACAGCGAGCAAAAAAGGUUGCAGGGUUUUCAUUGGAGAGCUCGGUGAAUACUUGGAUCCACGUCUUAAGACCAGGCUUCUUCCGUUCAGGUACCCAAUCGUUGAGCCGACGUCGACCCCAGGCCCGUCGAAACGGAAGCAAGGCAAGCGGAGAACGCCUCCUCCAGUUGUAGUCUCCCCGCAGACGUGUGUCGAGUCCUCGGCAGUUCUGGAGAAAGGUUCGGGCAAAGCUCCGCAAGACGAGCUGGGUGCGAAGCCAAAAGCUCCGAAAAAGAAAGUACCUGCGCCGAAAGUUGUGGCGUCUUCGAAAGGGAAAGGCAAAACUCCGCAAGACGAGCUUCAAGUUCCUCGAGGUCUUGUUCCCGGCGAACUCGACGACGAGUUGAUACGGGCCUGGAACGAGCUGGAGAGUUUAAAGGAGAAGAAAAUUUCCCAAGAGCCUUUUUACCUGCCCAUGUCGUGUCUACGACGACCGCCGGAUGACGAAACGGGAAACAGGCCACUCGAGAUUCGGGAGCCCGAAGAGGACCACGUUUCCACAAUCAUGGAUUCGAUGAUUACUUGCCCGACUGGGGAUCAUCUUCCCUUCGUUGGUGUCGUCGAUCCGUCGGAGGUGAAAGAUAAGAAGGACGUGGAUCUGGYCCGGUUGCGCAAAGGUGGCUACACCAUUUAUGUUCUUAGAGGUGGACAUUGCCGGGAGGCGAGGGAGCGCCUGCAGAAGAUUUACCCUGACAAGGAGGAUUACAAAUGGAAUGUGUGCUAUGUCUAUGCGGGCCUGACUACGGAAGAAGCGAGGCAGAUGUGGCAGAAGGGGGAGGUCAAGAACCAGAAACUCAAGCCUCUUGCGAAAAGUCAGAUCCGCACAGACGUCGCUCCAGAGUCCAGCGAGUCGGAGGGUGGCAAGAAAAAACGCUGGGCGAGAAAGAUGGACAGGGCUGUUGCAAAGCAGCAAGAGAUGGCGUUCUUCAAUCCUCGCCUAAAAUUGAAGGACAACAAAGUUGCUUCGGCCCCGGCUGACAUGCCUGCGCAGUCGUGGAUUACGAUGGGCAAUAUCCCGCACGACGCUAUCAUCCCCAUCUUGACGGAAGUUGUGUCCAAGCAGAUCUCCCUGGAAGAGAUGGAGAGGAAGUUCAAGGUCGUGAAGAAGUUUGGCUGGUUUGCAAAGGCCUUCUGCGAUGGUGUCAAAUGCAAAGACUUCAAAACCGCAGAGGAGUUGUAUCCUUUGCACACCAAGAAGGAGGUUAUCGAGCCAUUCAUUGGGAGUUUUGAGAGGCGAGGGGCUAAACCCACUGCUUUGCUAAAUCACAUUGAACGAGCGAAGGAGUGGAGGAAGAUGGAGGACAAGAGGAUUAAAGAUGCACAAAGAGCGAGUCACGAUUUCUUCCGGGCGUAUUCCCUGGACGACCCUUUCGCGGACUGGACUGACGUGAAGUACGAAGGGUGCUCGGGGCAGUUCAAGGUCAUUCAAGGCGAUAUGUUGCAUUUGGCACAGUUGCAAAAGGACAAGGUGCCGAUUUCCCUUUCCAUCUUCGAUUUGCCCUACGGCUUUGCGCACAAAGGACACGCGCGUGACACGGAGCCAUUCCCGGAGAGUGACAUUGUCGCUAUGCUCCAGAAUGUCAAGGAGGUUUCGAGCGCAUCACUCUGGACAGUCGCUGCUUUCUGCUCUGUGGACAUGCUAUCCUCAGUGAGGUCCGGGAUUGCAAAGAUCUGCAAUGCUGGUCAAGAGCUUGUCACGUGGUGCAAGCCGAACAUGACGAAUCCCGGUGGCCCGAGACUUAUCAACGCGACGGAGUUCUGCGUUCUGGGGGUGCUUUGUCUGUACCAGAAACCUUAUGCAUUGUAUUCCUGGUUGGUCACAAAGUUCUCUCCACCAGGCGCCACCGUUUUGGAUGGCUUUUCGGGCUUGGGUACGGGGGUCAUUGCUUGCGUGAUGGCGAACAGGAACUGUCUUGUCGUGGAGCUGGACAGGCGGUGUGUGAAGGGAAUCCGCAUGAGGCUGCUCACUGACCUCGAAGGGACGUUGCAGAGAGAAAAGUCAAAAGAGGGGAAGGGUAAGUCGAAGGAACAGCACCCUGAUGCGGACGUUGAGGUGUCUGGGGAUCACGGCUUCGAGGAGGAAGAGCGACAUGUUGAGGAAGCCACGGCGACGGAGGCUUCCGGCCAGGACAUGACACAGGAGACAUGGGAGCCCAUGCCGAGAUUGAUUGCAACCGAAGCCAAUCUGCCGGCAGGAUCUGACCAGCGUGAGGAACCGCCCGUGGUAGUACCUCCAGAGGAGCAGCUGGCACGAAGCCAGGACUCAAGUCAGGCCACAAGGGCAGAAACACGAGGUCAGGUCAUCUCCAAACAGAUCUCCCUCGAAGAAAUGGAGAGGAAAUUCAAGGUCGUCAAGAAGUUUGGCUACGUCGCGAAGACCUUCUGCGAUGGCGUGAGGUGCAAGGACUUCAAAACUGUUGAACAAUUGUAUCAUUUGCACACCACAAAGGAGGAAUUCGGUCACCUCGUCAGAAAUCUCUUCACGAUGCCUGCUGGGGGUUCAAAGAGGAAGCGAGAAGCGUCACAUACCACUCCACCGCAAUCAGUGGGCGCAGCAGACACAAGUUCUGGGAUUAAGAAGAAAAAAGUGAAGAUCUUGGCGAAGCCAUCGACGUCCUUGAAACACAAGGGGAAUGUUCAACAAAACCUGCAUUUGUCGGCGGAGCUCGCUGAAGAUGAGAAGUCUGAGGAGCUCGCACGUAUGUGGAAGGAGUUAGAUGAGGAUGCUUCUAAAAAGAUAUUAGCGAACUCCUUUCGUCUCCGCAUGGACUGUUUGCACAGACCGCCUGAGAACCUGCAGGACCAAAGACCCCUCGAGAUCCGUGCACCGAACGAGGUACAUAUGCAAACAAUCAUCGUUUCGCUCAAGAAGAACCAUUUUGGGUGUCCUCUUCCUUUUGUUGGUCUAAUCGACCCGGAGGAACUCCGUCUUGUAGUGAAAGUGCGCGACGGAGCCAAGGAAGCUGAAGAGUUCUCCAGCGGGAAGUUCGAAAUAUUCAGUGUUUUUGAUCUUCUUGAACUUGAACACGUGAUUCGCGAAUCGUACACAGACGAAGUCGGAAAGGCAGUAGUUCUUGAGCGGAUGAUCGAGACUUACGAUUGGAAGGAGUUUGUAGAACCACAUUUGUUGAAGGUGAACGACAUCAGUUUCAACCAGCAUUUCAGGAUCAAAAAAAAUUACGGAGGAGAAGUACCGCUCUGGAGCAAGCAGUACCACAAUUCGCUUUGGCAGCCGAACGACACCGAAGGUUUGAAUCUCUUUCAUUCAAAGCCAACAAGCGAGAUUUUGGCUGCUCCUCGAUAUUCGAUACGGUCUUUGGAAGGUCGGUUGAGGCCAGCUUGUGACAAAGAAGAAGUGGAUGGUACGGGGCUGGAAGGGGACGGUGAAGAAUGUGUACAACGCACUCUGUUAAUUAAUGCAUUGAACGCUAAUCUCGAUGCAUUCUUCAGAUACAUUCAACCCGAUAACGUCAUUUGGUGGAAACAUUUCAUCGAAUGUCAGAAAAAUACGGAUUUCAAUGACAGGAGCCUGAAGGUUCCUUUCUUCUGGCCGACAGUGCCGUCGGAAGGGCCUUGCGAGGACAGCGCGAAGCCUCUGGAUGAAGAUGAGAUUUCUCGGAAUUUGGCUCACCUCUUUCCACAAGAAAGACCAGUGUAUGUUGGUGCGCGGAAGACCAAACAGUACAGAAUGGAAAGAAAGGGACGCUACGAGGACUUGGAGAUCGGGAAGUUCAUUGCACUUCGAGCCUUCCUUGAUGAGGAGGAACGAGACAAACCCUACCACGUAGGCAAGGUUGUGGAGUUACUUCUAGAAGAGCGUUUCAAGGUUGCUUGGUAUGCUCAAAAGGAAAAAGGAGAAGCGUACUUACCGUUCUACAAGCCGACUGCGAGAGGAAAGUCUGGACGUGAGGUCGCUAAAGACAUUUUUGAUUGGAGUUGUGGCAUUCUGUGUUACUGAAGACAUUUUUGAUUGGAGUUGUGGCAUUCUGUGUUACAACUUUACUCUGAAGGCAGACAACACUCUGUUCGCUGCCACAAGGAAAAAGAUCUGCGAAAUGUUAAACGCU